AUGAGUGACACCCUGAAUUGGGACGCCUUGUCGGACAAGUGCAGGCAGGAGUUCGAACACAAACUCGACAAUCUCACCUGGAAGAUCGAAACGCAAGAGGGCAGCACGGUGGUGUGCAGGAGCGUGCAUGACGGGGUGACUGUGUGGAAGUGCGAGGCCAUCCUGGACGCGCCCAAGACGGAGACCUCGCCGUCGGCGGCCGUGCAGACGGUGUUCGAGGCCUACUAUGAGUGGGUGCACCGCUUGCAGUGGGACAAGGCCUUCCACCCCGACAGCGGGCAGGUGCUGCAGCUGGCCGACCGCCGCACGCUCGACUACAGCCGCACGCUGCCGGCGCUGGGCGGCGUCAUCUCGCCUCGCGACUUUGUGGACCUCAGGGAGUGGGCGUGGGCCGACGACGCCCACACUGUCAUCUCGGCCUGGGGCGCCAGUGUGACGCACAAGGACAGGCCCGAGGCCAGGGGCGUGGUCCGGGGCCACAACUACCCGUGCGGCACUCGCGUGAUGGUGCCCGCGGGCGGCAGCGAGGAGGACUCCGGCGGCGCUGUCCAUGUGACGCUCCUGUGGCAAUCGGACAUCAAGGGCUGGGUGCCCGCGCGAGCGGUCGAUCAGGCCAUGGGCCAGCAGAUGCUCAUGACCAUCACCGGGCUCCGCGCCUACCUCGCCGCCCGUGCUUGA